AAAAAAAAUUGUCAUACACAGAUACACUAGCUCCUUCUUUCUUUUCUUUUUUUCACGAGUCUCCUACUCCGGAAUUGGGCUACAAGAGAGGUGAAAGUUGAGUAUCAAAUUGGAUAUUGAUUUCAGGUAUUAGCUCUUGCUCUUAGGAGUUAGUACCCCUCUAGCGUUUGUGCUGGCUAGCGAGGGUAUCGCAGGAAGGUUUAAGAAUGGGAAGUGAGGACGAAGUCUCGAUGGAGGCUGCCGCCGCUGCCCGUAGAGAGCGGAUCAGGGCACUGAGAUCUGCCCAAGAACUUCUGGAGACACCCGAGGAUGAUAAUGAAAGCCGCACCCGCGAAGACCAAGAAGAAUCUGAUAAGAAUGUCCAAAUGAAAUUCCGAAAUUAUCUUCCUCAAGACAAGCAUCUCCAAGGAGGUAAACUUGCUCCUCCAGUAUUACCGAAGUUUGAAGACCCUAUAGCAAGCCUACCCGCACCUGAAGAGAAAAAGGAGAAAACUGAGGAUCCUUUCAUGAAUAUUGCCCCCAAAAAACCGAAUUGGGACCUGAGGAGAGAUGUACAGAAGAAGCUUGACAAGCUUGAGAAACGCACUCUCAAGGCUCUACAUCAACUAGGCGAGGAUGAAGAGAAGAGAAGAUUAGCUGAAGAAGAUGUCAAUAAUGGCGGAGACUAAAUUGAAGCCACCCUUGUUGGCAGAUUUUUUUUCAAUGAAAGCCAUUACCCUUUGCUUUUAUUGUUUUUCUGAAGGUAUAUUUUGAGAAAGUUUUGCUCGUUUCUUUUUCUUUUUCAUUAAGAGUUACUUAUGAUGUUUAUGUCAGAUGUGCUACUGAAACCUAUCAUAGUACUCAAGUAUAGUUUUGUUGGUCUUGUUCGUUCUGAAUCCAAUUGUGUGUCCUUGCUUGUAAUCUUGCAAGUCGGUCCAUCAUGAAAUGACGCACUCAUAGAUAGUCUACACCGAAUGAUUCUUCUCGUUUGUUUCUUUUUAUUUAUGUUCCACUCAUUUUUUGCAUAAGACGCAUGAUA